CAGGAUAUUGCUUCACCCUGCAACAUGGUAGUUUUUAACCAUGGCAAUAAAUGGAUCCUCAUUGUUGUUCAAGUUUGUACAAUUAAAAUUUUUGCAGUGAGCUUCUUAGUAUGUGUGAUUCUUAGAGGUGCUGAGUACUUAUAUUUUGGUGAGUAUCAAGUCUGUGGGUAGAUGGUUCCUCUCUGCACAGGCCAUAUGGAAUGGCUAGGAUGAAUCCCAACUGAAGCUGUGCUGUUGAGCUUUACAUAUCUUCUCUAAAAACUAAACCAGCAAAUUUUGUUCUCAAUGCAAAUACCCCCUGUCUGACUUUGCAGUCUCUUUCUGUAAAAAAACCCUACCAAACCAAACCACCCAAAGUUGAAAAAGCUUUUUGAAAACUUUCAACUGACAGAUUUUUCCCUUCUAAGUUUAUUUAUCUCUGCUUUAUUUUAUGUAAUUCUUAAAAAAUAAAUAAACAAACUUGGAGAAGGGUUGAGCAUGUUCAUUUUCCUGAAGAAUUUCCUUCAGCUGGAGCUAGAGAAUUAAAAUAUAAAAGCUAGAGAAGGGUCAAAUAUCACUAGAACAUGGGUAGGAAAGAAUGGUACAACUCUAUAGCAAGUUAAUGUGUGAGUCUUUAAGUACUUAAUACAUACACUAAAUAAGAUCUGAGCACUAAGCAGCUUUUAUGUUUCCUUAAUAUGUUUCUCUAGUCAGAAACUGCAAAUAAUAAUUUGAAAAUGCAGAAAAGGGAUUAGUUCUGUGCAUCACUUACAGAUUGCAGAAAAUUAGUUGUCUGCAGAUCUAAGCCAAGUAAUUGCUGAUACAGCAAAUGGCAAUUGGGCAAAGAACUGUUCUUAGAAAUGAUGCUUACAAUAUUUUAAAUUACAUUUACUUGCCAGAAAGUGCAAGUAGUCGUGCUGGCAGCAUUAAUUAAAGAGUACAUGUCCUAGGGAGAUACCAGUAAUAGAUCACAUAUACACAAACACAAGUAUUCUAAGUACAGCUGAUUCUUUUAAAGAUUAAAAUAUCAUACACAAACCUUACUUUCAUACUUAUUUUUCCAGUAGCCUAAAGACUGUACCCUAAGAAAUGAUAAAUUGAAAAGAUCCUGAACUUUGAAAAUACUAUUGCAGUAAAGAUCAUUGGAGCAAAGAGAAAAUGGCAUCAGCAGGUGCCAUUGCAGACUCCCAGUCCAGGGCAAAUUUCCAAUGAAGUUAGCAACUCAAACCUAUUUUACAUGUACGUAGAGUGUUCUUAUAGGCAGCAAGAAUGAGUGGGAACAAAUCUGCCAUAACUGAGGAUUUGACACAGUGUUUUCCAUGUGCAGGACCUGUUUGCACUGGGCCUGCAAGCGGAACCAUGCGGCAGUCGUGGCUUAUCUGCUGCAUGCUGGGGCUGACAAGGACAUCCUGACAAAGAAAGGGGAGAGGCCAGCCCAGUUAACAUCCAAGAGAGAGAUCAGGAAGAUGUUGGGAGUGGAAGAUGAACUCCCUGACUUAAAGCAAGAUUCAGAUCUGCCAAUCAUCCCCAAUUACCUGGCUAACCCACCUUUCCCAUAUGUUUACAACACCUUGAGUACCAGCAUUCCAGAUCCUCCCCUGAAUGGGAAUGUCUCACACUUGGAACCACAAGACACCAACCCUCCACCCGUACCCGACUCAGACACCUGUGGACGAGCACGAGCGCCGUGUCAGCCUGGGAACGCUGCUCCUGAGGCUCCUCCCAACAGGGACAUCCCACCCCUGCCUCGAGGGUCUGCUGGGCCAUCACACCCAAACCCUGUCCUGCAGAGAGCUCCUGUUUACCAGGGCUCAGUGGCUUGGGGCAGAAGUCCCUCUCUGCCAGCAGGAUCCAACCAGUCCCUACCCCAGCAAGGGAACAGCUCCUGCAUGGGACCUGUGCCAGCCUUUCAGCCUGUUUUCUUCACAGGAGCUUUUCCACUCAACAUGCAAGAACUGGUGCUUAAAGUGAGAAUACAAACCCCUAAUCUUAGAGAAAAUGACUUCAUUGAAAUUGAACUGGACAGACAAGAACUGACAUACAAGGAGCUGCUCCGAGUGAGUUGCCAUGAGCUGGGUGUGAACCCUGAGCAUGUCCAGAAGAUCAGAAAAUUACCAAAUACAAUGUUAAGAAAGGACAAGGAUGUUGCAAGGCUACAGGAUUUCCAAGAACUGGAGCUUGUUCUAACAGAUUUUAGUAUUUAGUCACUUGAAUUUGAGGAAGAGUUCUACUCUGCUAGGCCACGUGAAAAGCAGGUGCUAUGGAUUAGAUGAAUAAACUAAAGCAUGAGAUAUAACAGGAAAACAGACUGUACCAAACUGGUCCAUUCACCUUCCCCCCAGUUUCUUUGGAAAAUGCAGCUGCCAAAGGAAUUUAUCUGUUGUCUUCUC